AUGACGCAAGCGAACGUCUUCCUCUUGCUUUUCUCCACCAAACGAAAUGUUGAGGCUGGUUUCAAAAACCUGACUGAGGAGAGAGAUGACCUGAACAGGAAGCUGAAUAACUUAGCUCAAAAAGGAUGGGAGUAUUUCAGCGGUAGUUUGUACUACAUUUCUUCUAUCAAGAAAAACUGGCAAGAGAGUAGAGAUGACUGUCGUCAAAAGGGUGCAGACCUGGUGAUUAUCAACAGCAAAGAAGAACAGGAUUUCACAAUAAAAUUUACGAAGAUCAUGUGGAUUGGCCUGACUGACUCAGAGACAGAGGGGAUGUGGAAAUGGGUGGAUGGGACUCCACUGACCAAAAGCUACUGGGUUUCCGGGGAGCCUAACGGUGACAAAAAGGAGAACUGUGUGAAAAUAAAGAAGUUUGAUUCAGAAAACAGCUGGAAUGAUCUAAGCUGUUCCACUCUACUCAACUGGAUCUGUGAAAUGAAAGACCGUCCAUAA